AUGGCGGAGAUGACGGUGGACGAGGGACUGGGGAGGGCGCGAGACGCGAGGCGGGACGCGGCGACGCGAGAGGUCGAGGCGGCGAACGCGCUGCGAGAAGUCGAGACGUCGCUCGCGGAGAUCGAGCGAGGGAUCAGGGAACUGUUAGAGUUAGAGUUAGCGGAGCGCGCGGUGUAG